AUGAAGGCCUUUAUUGUGUUCGCCUGCUUGGCAGUAGCGACGGCCCGCGCCGGAAUUGCGCACGGUGGUAUCGGUCUUGGAGGUCUUGGAGGUCUCGGAGGUCAUGGCGGUAUCGGCGCCAUUGGCGUGGGUAUCGGCGGUGGCGGUGCCAGUCUUACCGGAGGACUUGCCGCGGGUGCGAGCAGCGCGUCGUCCCUUCAAGGUGGUGCCUCAUCUUUGGGAUCCGGCGGUCUUGGUGCUAGCUACGCUGCUGGUGCUGCGUCGGCGGCUGGAGCUGCUGGUGUACAACAGAUUGUCUCUGGUGGAGUGAUCGGAGGCAGGGCUGACAUUGGACCCGCUGAAGGACCCAAGGCUAAUGUUGGACCCCAGACUGGACCAUCCGACCUCGUUGGACCCCAAGAAGGAGCCAAGAACGUUGGUGGACCCCGUACUGGACCCGCCGGUCUCGUUGGACCCGCCACUGGACCAUUCACCAGUGUGGGAGCUUCUGCUGGUACCUCCACCCUUGUUGGACCGUCUCAGGGACGUGCCAACCUUGUUGGACCAUCUUCCGGUGGAGUUGCUCUCCUCGCUGGAAGCGGAAACAUCAACGGUGAUGACGGAAGCUCUGGCUCUGCUGCCGCUGCUGCGCCAGCUGGUCUUGGUGCUGCUGGACUCGGUCUGGCUGGUGCUGGUGCCAUCGCUGUUGUCGGCGGUGGUGGUGGUAUUGCUGGUGGACUCGGCGGACACGACGGUGGUGUUGCUGUGAUCAACGGACCGUCCGGCGCCAUCCAUGCCGGUCUCGGCUCCCACGGAGCCGUCAUCCCCGGGAUCCUCGGCAAGUACUAGACGCUCUAAGGCCCCAGCGAUCUCGGCUCGGCGACGGCGGCAUUCCCACCACAGUCACUUACCGGUCU